UGUGGACCUUUCCCUCUGAGGCUAACCUAACUUUGGCUUUGAGUCAAAUCAACGGCUAUUAUGUGUUUUCCAAAAGCCAUUCAUCCGUUUGGAUGGAGAGACAGAUCCGCAUCAAAUCCAACGCCUAUACCAGUAAUGAUCUGCUCUGCGGCACAUUGUAUCAGUAUUAUGUGGUGGCAUAUAAUGCAAUGGGAAAGGGAGACGCCAGCGAUUCAAUCGCCAUUAAAACUAAAGGAUCAGCACCUGUACCCCCAAAACACGUGAAUGAAUUCCUUGUGGUGAACACUUCGUGGGCGCACAUCAAACUGGACGCCUGGCACUCAAACGGCUGUCCCAUCAAAGAGUUUCUCAUACGAUAUCGAGUGACUAAAUACGAGACCGAGUGGUCAGAAGUGUCGGCACAGGUCUGGCCCCAGGAGUCCAGCAUUGAACUGCUGGGGCUGAGCCCCGGGCACUGGUAUCAGCUCAACAUUAAAGCGGUGAACGAGGCCGGAGCCGGCGAACACACCUAUCAUUUUGCUACGCUUACAGCUCAGGGAGUAGUAAGCAAGCACAGUAUCGCCGCUAUCGGAAAGGGAGCCCCCAUUAGGGGGGUUGGAGUCGAUCACAAUUGUGAUACCUGUGAUAUGUUCGGUGAUUGUGCUCACAGUUAUACUCGCCAUCGGACUCAUAGUCAUCAACAAACGCCGCCCGUUGACCAGUACGGGGCCCGGGGGUGGUGUGGGGACCCCCGG